GCCAAUAUGUGGCACGAGUAAUUCUUUGCGACUUUACAUACGUCGACGAGUAGUUCCCUCGGUUUUAACUACCCUGAUAUUGGUCUAGCGUCCCCUCCAAGAUGAACCUCGGCCCAUGCGGGCGCGCAGCGGAUAUCUGAUCCAUCGGUUAAACCCCUCCGCAUUUGAUGAUCUUGAGCUUGUAGUCGCUAUAAGCCGAACACCUCUGCACCUUAGUCGUGAUCCACUGUCUUCAAUUCAUAGCUCCUAACCAAAAUGUCUGCUCGUGUUAAUCAGAUCGCAGGCCAUCUCAACUACCCUAAGGGUAUGUUGGCUGGCCAGACAGCUAUUAUUACAGGUUCCGGACAAGGCAUUGGCGCUGAAGCAGCGAGGUUGUUCGCAAACGAGGGCGCCAAGGUCGUCGUUGCGGACGUGGAUGCGAAGAAAGCACAGUCUGUAGCGGACGAGAUCAACCAGAGCGGCGGCGCAGCCAUCGCGGUCGCCGGCGAUGUCCUCGACGACGCAUACAUUGCGGACCUCAUCAAGAAAGCCGCAGAGUUCGGCGGCGGCAAGAUUCACAUCAUUGUUAACAACGCUGGCUACACCUGGGACGGUGUGAUCCACAAGAUGACGGACAAACAGUGGCACACCAUCGUCGAUGUACACGGCACUGCGCCUUUCAAGAUUAUCAGGGCCGCGGCGCCGUACUUCCGAGUCAAGGAUGGCGAGCCCAGGAACAUCAUCAACAUCUCGAGUACCUCGGGUGUGCAUGGAAAUGCAGGACAGAUCAACUACGCGCUUGCGAAGGCGGGUGUGACGGGUCUGACGAAGACGGUCGCAAAGGAGUGGGGCCCAGCUUUCGGUGUGCGGGCGAACACGGUCGCCUUUGGACACAUUCUCACCCGGUUGACGGCGGCGAAGGAGGCGGGUGCAUUCAUCACGACCCCCGAUGGCACAAAGGUUGCGCUGGGCAUACCAGGGGCGCAGAAGGCGGCUGGACCCAGCGCAGGAGAGCAGCACUUGGACAUCCCGCUGCGGAGGCCAGGCAAUGCGACCGAGGCAGCGAGCGCUGUGCUUGCGCUGGCGAGCCCGCUGAUGAGCUAUGUCACUGGGCAGACGAUCAUGGUGACGGGUGGUCGGAACAUGUAGAGGGUACCGAGAGCCUGGUACUACUGCUGUAUGUAGAUUGUACAAGCCCGAGGGACGGGCUGCGCGCAUGCUGAGACGAUAAGUUUCGGUGCUGUAAAUAUUUAGCCAAUCUGUAUAUGUCC